GCCUUCCACGAGAUUCGGCCGCGCGCGGAGGCGGCCAACCUAAGCGCGCACAGCGCCAGCCCCAUCCAGGAUGCAGUCCUGAAGCGCCUUUCACUGCUCGAGGACAUUGUCUACCGGCAACUAAAUGGUUUAUCCAAAUCCCUUGGGCUCAUUGAAGGUUAUGGUGGGCGGGGCAAAGGGGGCCUUCCUGCUACCCUUUCCCCAGCUGAAGAGGAGAAAGCCAAGGGGCCUCAUGAGAAGUACGGCUACAAUUCCUACCUCAGUGAAAAAAUUUCACUGGAUCGUUCCAUUCCGGAUUAUCGUCCCACCAAGUGUAAGGAGCUGAAGUACUCCAAGGAGCUGCCCCAGAUAUCCAUUAUAUUUAUCUUCGUGAACGAGGCCCUGUCGGUGAUCCUGCGAUCAGUCCAUAGUGCUGUCAACCACACGCCGACCCACCUGCUGAAGGAAAUCAUCCUGGUGGACGACAACAGUGAUGAAGAGGAACUGAAGGCCCCCUUGGAGGAGUAUGUCCACAAACGUUACCCCGGGCUCGUGAAGGUGGUGAGAAAUCAAAAAAGAGAGGGCCUGAUCCGAGCUCGCAUCGAGGGCUGGAAGGUGGCCACUGGCCAGGUCACCGGCUUCUUUGAUGCCCACGUGGAGUUCACCGCUGGCUGGGCCGAGCCGGUUCUGUCCCGGAUCCAGGAGAACCGGAAGCGCGUGAUCCUCCCCUCCAUCGACAACAUCAAGCAGGACACGUUCGAGGUGCAGCGGUACGAGAACUCGGCCCACGGGUACAGCUGGGAGCUGUGGUGCAUGUACAUCAGCCCCCCGAAGGACUGGUGGGACGCCGGGGACCCUUCCCUCCCCAUCAGGACACCAGCCAUGAUUGGCUGCUCGUUUGUGGUCAACAGGAAGUUCUUUGGUGAAAUUGGUCUUCUGGACCCUGGGAUGGAUGUGUAUGGAGGAGAAAAUAUCGAACUCGGAAUCAAGGUGUGGCUCUGCGGGGGCAGCAUGGAGGUCCUGCCGUGCUCACGGGUGGCCCACAUCGAGCGGAAGAAGAAGCCAUACAACAGCAACAUCGGCUUCUACACCAAGAGGAACGCCCUCCGGGUCGCCGAGGUCUGGAUGGAUGAUUACAAGUCUCACGUGUACAUAGCGUGGAAUCUGCCACUGGAGAAUCCAGGAAUUGACAUAGGUGAUGUCUCCGAAAGAAAAGCCUUAAGGAAAAGUUUAAAGUGUAAGAAUUUCCAGUGGUACCUGGACCACGUCUACCCGGAAAUGAGAAGAUACAAUAACACCGUUGCCUACGGGGAGCUUCGCAACAACAAGGCAAAAGACGUCUGCUUGGACCAGGGGCCGCUGGAGAACCACACAGCAAUACUGUACCCGUGCCAUGGCUGGGGACCUCAGCUGGCCCGCUACACCAAGGAGGGCUUCCUGCACCUGGGAGCCCUGGGGACCACCACACUCCUCCCCGACACCCGCUGCCUGGUGGACAACUCCAAGAGUCGGCUGCCCCAGCUCCUGGACUGCGACAAGGUCAAGAGCAGCCUGUACAAGCGCUGGAACUUCAUCCAGAACGGUGCCAUCAUGAACAAGGGCACAGGACGCUGCCUGGAGGUGGAGAACCGCGGCCUGGCUGGCAUCGACCUCAUCCUCCGCAGCUGCACAGGGCAGAGGUGGACGAUUAAGAACUCCAUCAAGUAGUGGGAUUGGGAGGAGCUGGGGCCGUUGCUGCCCGGCCCCUGGGACAGGGUCUGCCGUCCUCUGGACCAGCCACGCUGGGAGAGAGCCAGCACGGAGCCGGCAGGGCUUCUCCAGGACAGCCCCGGGCCCCAGAUGGAGGCUCCGUGUCCCCAUCAGGCAUCCAGCUGCCUGAGGCUCGUGCACCUGGCAAAGCCCCCCAGCCCUUCUCUGGGAACCCAGGUGCCAUGUCUUCUGCAGCCCAGAUGUGGACCUGGUACCAAGGAGUGACAUCCAUCUCCUCCUGGUCAUCUUCCCACCCACUACAGGGACUGGGAUUGGCAGGGGCCCCUCCUUUCUCUCAUCUCUUGCAGCAGCAGCAGCUUCUGAAUUCCACCCCAGCCCUUGACAAAGGUGGGGGCAGGGUUCUGCCACCUCCAAGCUCCCCCUCCAAGGAGGAGACAGUGAGGCCCUGAGGCAGUUUCCCCCGAGGUUGCUUCUGCCCAGAUACCCGUUCACAGCCCAAGAUCACUGCCCCCAAACCUUUCCAGCAGGUGGCCUUGGGCUUUUCUGGAGCCACCCCCCACAGAUGACGUGGAAGGAGCUGACGCUUCCACGGUCACCUGGGCACCAGGCUCCCAUGUUCCUGGACCAGCUCUUCCACCUGUGUGGGAGGGGGGAGCACGCAGAAUGGUCUCAGCUGUGAGGGGCCCGUGCCGCUCUGCCUGCCCGGGACCGGGGAGUCCAGACUCACAGCUGCCACAGAGGGGGCAGCGAGCAGCCCCCACCUGGCGCCUAAGGACUGACAUCGGCACGACACAGGCGGCCAGGACCCCGGAGGGCGCUUGUCCCGUGUCCCCCGUGCUCUGCUGGCUGACUGGGGAGAAGGCAGUCGAGUCCUCUCUGAAGAGUAAUAAUUUUUUUCCGAUUGCCCUCUGGUUAGGGUGCACUUAUAAAUCAGAGUUAAUAUAUGGACGCGUGUGCAUGCGUAGGAGGGCGGGUGCCCGCGUGGUGCGCGAGUGCGGCACUGCCUGUGUGUGUGUGUGCGUGCGUGGCGUGUGUCUGGGUUGCGCGUCAGAGUGCAUGAUGGAGCAGACGUAGGGGAGUGGCCUUGAGCUGUGGCUUUAUUGCUCGCCAGGCUCGGGACGAGGCUGCUGAGAAGCUUGGGGGAGGAGGGUCGGCCAUGGCCGUUGGCCAGGAGGAUGUGGCUGGGCCUUACCCCCCGCUGUGCCCCAGCUGGAAGCCUGUCCCUUCUGCCAGUCCCCGUCUCUCUCCCUCAUGCUGCCGGCCAAGCCCUGCCCGGAACCAAACCCUGUACCUGCCCAGUUUGGGGUUUACAGUGUCUCAUUCGGUGGCAUCUUACUGGUGAUCUCUCCUGCCCCGUCUCCCCUCCUUGUGAAAUAAACACACCUCCCAGCUCA